AUGAGCAACAUAUAUAUCCAGGAACCCCCCACUAACGGAAAGGUUUUGCUGAAAACAACAGCAGGAGAUAUAGAUAUAGAAUUAUGGUCAAAAGAAGCACCAAAAGCAUGUCGAAAUUUCAUCCAGCUUUGUAUGGAAGAGUAUUACAAUAACACAAUAUUUCACAGAGUAGUGCCUGGCUUUAUAGUGCAGGGAGGUGAUCCCACUGGUACUGGAUCAGGUGGAGAUUCAAUCUAUGGAGCUCCCUUCAAGGAUGAGUUUCACUCACGACUGCGAUUUAAUCGAAGAGGGCUUGUUGCUAUGGCAAAUGCUGGGCCCCAUGAUAAUGGGAGUCAGUUUUUCUUCACAUUGGGUCGUGCAGAUGAACUUAAUAACAAACACACAAUCUUUGGAAAGGUUACAGGGGAUACAAUAUAUAACAUGCUGCGCCUGGCUGAAGUAGAAGUUGACAAAGAAGAGAGACCUCUAAGUCCACACAAAAUAAGAAGUAGUGAGGUUUUGUUUAAUCCUUUUGAUGACAUUGUUCCAAGACCAAAUAGAAAGCUGAAGAAAGACAAACCAGAAGAAGAAACUAAAAAGUCCAAAGUAAAAGGCACAAAAAAUUUUAACCUUCUGUCCUUUGGGGAAGAAGCCGAAGAAGAAGAGGAGGAAGUCAGUAGAGUUAGUCAGAGCAUGAAAGGAAAAAGUAAAAGUAGUCAUGAUCUACUGAAGGAUGAUCCACAUCUAAGCUCAGUUCCUGCUGUCAAAAGUGAAGCAGCAAGUGAAGAAAAGUAUUUGAGUGAAGAUGAAGAAGAUCAUGAUGAAGAUGCUGAUAGUGUAGAAGGUGAAGCUCCUAGCAAUGAGAGAUUUCAAAUAAAAGAACGCAUUGCCAAGAAGUUGAAAAUUGAAACAAGUGAAGAUGCUAAACAGCAACUUCAAGAUGAAGAAACUAAGUCAGAGAAGAAAACAACUAGUCGCAGUGAGGAGCUACGGAAAGAAGCACGACAGUUGAAACGUGAACUGCUGGAAGCAAAGCAGAAAAAAGAAGAAAAAGCUUUAAAACCCAAAGAAAAGGAAGUGGAGGACCCUGCUCCAAACAGUGUUGUUGAAGAAUACCUUCAGGAGAAGAGAAAAUAUGAAGACAAGAGGAAGCAGCAGCCAAAGAAAGGGAUUUCUCGUGAAGAUCAGACACUGGCACUGUUGGACCGAUUUAAAUCAAAGUUAACCCAAGCAAUUGAAGAAACUCCUGAAGAUGCAGCCUCAGAACCUGAAGUAGAUAAUGAUGAAGGAUGGAUGUCACAUGUACUUCAGUUUGAAGAUAGAAGCAGAAAGGUGAAAGAUGCAAGCAUGCAAGAUGAAGACACUUUUGAGAUCUAUGAUCCACGGAAUCCUGUGACUAAGAGGAGAAGGGAAGAAAGCAAGAAGAUAAUGAGAGAAAAAAAGGAAAGGAGAUAAAAAGAAUGUAAAGCUAGCCAGAGCUGCCUUGCAAAGUGACUGAAGAAAAGCACUGGCUCUUUUGCAAGUUGUAGUUCCUAAAAAUAUCACUGGAUAAGUAUGAAAAGGAAUCUCUCAGUCUCUCAUGCAGUUUUGAACCAGAGCUAUCAUCUUAAGUUGUGCAGUCAGAUGCUUUCGGUG